ACGUGUGCUUUGCGGCACUCGGGAUACCACCACACCAUGGAGAACCUACUGCGCGGAUCGUCCAGCUUCAGCGAAGCGGCAAUGCUAUUUACCGACGAAAAGAUAGCCAACGCAAGAAGCAAGAUCGUUGAAGCACUGAACGAAACGCAAACAGCAAACGUCCAGCAAAGGUGUGAGAUAAUUGCAAAAGUGCAGGAACUACUGCUGCACACGGACGUGGAACUGUUGAAUGAAUUUCUCGAAAACGUACUAGUCCACGCGCACGAUUCCUCCGGCGAUGUGCGGAAAGCGAUUGCCGGUUUUAUAGAGGAAGUGUGCAAACAACACAUCGCACUGCUUCCGAAGGUGGUUGGCACACUGUUCUCCCUGCUGCGUGACACAAUUCCGAACGUGACGAAGCGCGUCAUUCAGGGCUGUGGAUCGAUCUACCGGCUGGCGAUACAGUGGAUCUGCCAGCUGGACGAUAUCCCGGAAGAGGUGGAACAAGCGUGGAAUACGCUGUGUUUGAUGAAGAUUUCCAUCCUGGAUAUGAUCGAUGACGAUAACGAUGGAAUUCGGACGAAUGCGAUCAAGUUUCUCGAGGGAGUAGUGAUACUACAAACGUACCCCGAUGAGGAUAGUGUGAAGCGUGCUAACGAUUUUUCACUCGCCGAUGUACCGCUCACGAUGAAACAGAUCCGCCGCCGUAAGCUGGAGGAUGAAGCGACCAAUAUUUUUGAGCUGCUGUUACAGUUUCACGGUGCGUCACACAUAUCGUCGGUUAAUCUGAUCGCCUGUACCGGAACGCUGUGUACCAUCGCCAAGCUGCGUCCAACGACAAUGACACGCGUGGUAGAAGCACUGAAGCACUUACACUCCAAUUUACCUCCAACGCUAACCAACUCACAGGUUAGCUCGGUGCGCAAGAACUUAAAGAUGCAGUUCCUGAAUCUGCUCAAACAUCCGGCCUGUUUCGAACAUCAGGCAACAAUCGCACAGAUACUGGUCGAUCUGGGCGCAUCGAAUGGUGAGAUAACGCGAGCAAUUCCAAAGAUGGACAAAAAGGAACAGCAACGACGUGCGAAACGGGCGCUGGAAAACUCGAUGGCAUCGCAGCUGGCAGCUAAGCGUGUGAAGAUGGACGGACAGAUGCGUAAGGAAAAGGACGACGGGUCGGCUGAUGGGCGUGAUCAACCGCGCACCAUGGAGAUCGAUUAUGAUGAGCUAAAUGAGCAGAAAACCCGUUCAAACAGACUGAAUGAGCAGUUUUUGCUGGAUGUGCUACCGAAAACGGAGCUGAUCGCUCAGCUGGUCAUUACAAAUAUGGACAAACUUUCCGACCAAGUGCUCCAAAGCGCCAAACCAACUACAGUACUUUCGGUCGAGCAAUACAUUCAGAAAAUCGCACACACGUUGGCUGUUCAGAUGAGUGAGGUAAAGGCUGGUCCGGGUGCAUCUGCCUUCACGAAAGACCCACCGAUGAAGGUCCGGAUAAGCGAUGAGGAAGAGAAGAACAUUAUUCUCUCGGGCAAACGGAAACCGGAUGAUUCAUCUGCAGAACGAUCAACGACACCGACCACCACCGAUCAGGCGGAUGAUGAACUGCCGGAAGGGGCGGGCGAUGAGGAGGAAGAUGAUGAGGCACUUUCCGAAGAAGAUCGCCGGAAGUUGGAGGCAACACGUAAGCUAAGGGAAACGCUGGAACGUGUCAAAGGUGGUACGGCGGGUGGCAGUGAACCGAAGCAAAGACAGCGCAUAAAACAGCUAAAACUGCAGGAAAUCACCAAACCUCUCCCGAAAGCUACCAAGGAAACGUUCCUGAUCGAUGCGGUAAUGAGGAUACUGAAGGCAGAACGGCAAGCUCUGAUCGGUGGAGUCAGUACACAGAGGCAGCGCAUUAUUACCGCUUUUGGGUCAUCUUUCGUAAAUCCCGUCCGGGAAGUCAUCAUAGAACACAUACUCGAGGAUCUACCCAAACGUAUCGAUCUCGCUUUCUCGUGGAUUUUUGAAGAGUACGGUCUGAUGCAGGGCUUUACCCGGUACACACACGUGAAGCACGAUAAUGGCCCACAGUACCCAUACACCCAGCUGCUGAUGCGUCUCGCAACGAACGUAAUCGAUCGUCCGAAGGAAACGUUCCGCCAGAAGGAAUCGCUCCUAAAGCGACUCUAUCUAGAAGCGCCCAUGCUACCACAGGAAAUGUUCGACACGUUGGUGCGCAUGUGUGAGCUAGAAGAGCUAGCGGACUGUGGAAUGCAGAUCGUGAAGGAUUUGCUUAUCCGUCGACCACCAAAGGAACGGCAAUAUUUGAACGUUCUGCUCAAGUAUUCGUACAACGAAAAUGGGACGAUCCGCGAGAAAGCGAUCGAGUACGUAAUGAACGUGUUUGCCGUCCAUCGCAUUAUGACGGAAGAGAUCGAAAAGAAUGCGCUCGCUUGGUUGGCCUAUCUGGAACAGGAAAACCCGGCGGAAUCGAUGUUUACGGUCGAAUAUGGACGGGCAGAACAUCCACGCACCUGGACGGAAGAGCUGGCCAAAGUGUGUCUCGGACUGUUCCUGGAGGUGAUGGUGUACGAUCAAACGCUGCUGAUGCGCUUUUCGGAGGUUUACAUUAAGGCGACGUCGGAGAUGAAGCGUGCCGUGAUACGAGCGAUCGAGGGCCCGAUACGGAAGAUUGGUUCGGAGAGCGAGGAACUGCUGCGAUUGAUCGAACAGUGUCCGAAGGGUUCGGAAACGAUCAUUAUACGUAUUAUUUACAUACUUACGGAAAAAUCUCUUCCAUCGCCGGAUCUUGUCGAUCGGGUUCGUACCCUUCACCAAACGAAGGUAUCCGACGUACGGUUGCUCAUUCCGGUCAUAAAUGGAUUGACGAAGACGGAAAUUCUUAACGCACUGCCGAAACUCAUCAAACUGAAUCCGGGCGUUGUAAAGGAAGUUUUCAAUCGACUGCUUGGGAUUGGUGUCGAGUAUGGGACGGCUGACUUGCCGCUAAACCCUGUCGAACUGCUCGUAGUGCUGCACACAAUCGAAACGAGCAAGGUAGAGCUUAAGUUUAUCGUGAAAGCAACCUCCCUGUGCCUGGCCGAGAAGGAAGUGUACACGCACGAUGUGUUGGGCAAUGUAAUGCAGCAGCUAGUGGAGAUUACACCCCUGCCAACGCUCCUCAUGCGAACGGUCAUUCAGUCACUUACGCUACACCCGAGGCUGUCCGGCUUUGUGACGAAUCUGCUGCAACGGCUCAUUCUUAAGCAGGUCUGGAAGCAGAAGGUCGUCUGGGACGGAUUUCUCAAGUGUGCCCAGCGGCUAACGCCACAAAGUCUAGGGGUGUUGAUACAGUUGCCAGCCCAGCAGCUACAGGACGCGAUUACGAUUUGUCCCGAGUUUCGUGAACCGAUGCUGGAACAUGCGCGAGAAAUUAUGGAACAUCAGAUUGGGCAUGUGUCGCAGCAGGUGAUGGAUGUGUUGCUUGGUAUAUCCCCUUACUCGAACGCGGAAUCGUCUGAUCUACAGAUUGUGAGCAACUACAGUGAAGAAACGCCGAUGUCCUCACAUAUGCCAGUUAAAAUAAAGCUCGAGAAAGACACUGACCCUCCGGCAGUUACUCCGACACCAGCAACAACACAAGGCAAAGAAUAA